CCAGAGUCACCCACACACUAAAUUGUCCUGCAUCGAAACAUAAAUCCCAUCGCAUCGGUAUCAGUAUCAACCGCACCAAAUCCUUUGAUUCCGGAUGGGAAGCAUGGUUCUGUACUCUCCGUUCUCAGCACAAUCGACGCAACCUACACCAGUGUUCCACUCGCUCACAAGGAAAGGUGUAUUGCGCGCGAGAGCGCGCCGUGAGAGAACUCCGCGACCACGUUGCACCAGGCACAAGCUUUCCAUUCAUGAAAGCGCGCGUGUGAUCUGGUGCAGUUCUACGGUGUGUUGCAUUAUCCUCUCUUCCGCAGCGUAAGCUCCGCCCCUCUCUCGCACGUUACCGGGAAAGAAAAUGGGGAAACUGAUACCGUGCUACCGGUGAGGGGUGUGGCCUAGCUUCAAAUCUGUUGCGCUUUUGUUGGCUACCGCGCGCGCUCUGCUGUAGAGGUUGCCUUAUCAGUGCUCGUCGCAUCGAGGGUUAGAGAUUUGUCAGUGGUUUCUCGCGCCCGCCAUGGUGAAGUAUUAUGUGCGACCGGAGCCGGAGAGAGCGCGAACCUUCUUUAGGGGAAGAUUUUGAUCCGGUUUGGCGUUCGGAUGGGAAGAACACGCAGACAUAAAUCGAACGCCAGCUCUGAUGCUACUGAUUCCAUGCUGCCUUGGCGGAUCUUCUGUAUGGUCCUGUAGAGGAUUCGAAUCCCGUUUCAGCGUGCAGUACUAGAACGCGAUUGUAUGGGUACGGUGAGCGGUUCGAUAUGGCAGUAGGGAUGAUACGCUGACGUUCCGUUUGAAGAAGGGUGCGAGUGAGAAGGCCAACCAAAUCCGACUGAAGAGGAGCGAGGAAAAACAACAUUACUCAUUCGAGCCCAUCGACGCAAUGAUUGAAUUUAUCAAGUGCCAUAUGGGGAGAGUCGCGCGGUUGGUUGAAUGAAUUGGAAAUGGAAGCAGGCAAACAGUAUCACUGCUAACUCUGCUAGAGGCGUACACAUAUUAGGAGAUAGAGGAGUUUGAUUCAGCUGUCGCGACGUUCCAGGCAGUCCAGAAGUGGUGCUUCGUGGCGGCGGUUCGCGAUUUUUAUCCGCAGUUCUUGAGUGUGUAUUGUUUGCUCGCUCGUUCGGAUCGCAAUUGUUUCGAUGGGACGGAGAUUUGUGCAACCGGGAGUGACUUUGUGAUUUAAUGUGAUUUCAGCAUUUAACGGAGUAACACAGGUGUUUUGAAGAGUGUGUGUGCGCUUAGUGUACUUCCUCCGCGAGUUAGAGAUUCCUGUACGGAAAUGAAGCAUAGUGCAGAAAAAUCGUAUUAAUUUGGGGAAAUAAAAAAUUAAUACCAAAAAUUUGAAAACCCUAGAGAGAACUUACAAAACAAGAUCAGAAUGAUGGAAGUUAGUGAAGUUCAUCAGCAGCCACCGCAGUCACAUCAACAACAGAAUCAACCACAACUGCCGCUGGAUUUUAGCGUUACAAUGGUCAACAUCAAGUUGAACAAUCUGAAUGUGAAUUUGAGUACGAAUAACAAUAGCAUUAGUAUACUGAACAACAAUAACAACAGUGGCGGAAGCAGCAGCAGCAAUGGUCUCCACUUGGGACCAGCAGGUUCGCCACCAAACUGUGGUGCUCUAGGAGGUGGUAGUGGUCAUCAGGAUACAAUGAGUUCCUUGUUGGCAGUGCAUCAACAUCAAAGGCAGAAUAGUGCAGGUGGUGAUGGUUGUGGUGGUAGUGGUGCCGCGAAUGGUAGUGGUGGAAAUGGAAACAGCAGUACGGCUGCUCUAACAAGUGCAUUCAAGGUGGUGAUGCCACGGGGGAAAGCCGACGCUACUGCCAACGGUUUAUCGCCUCUGCUAAUCAACAACGAACUACUGGUAAAUCACUACCGACGGCUGCUACAUCCGGCGUCUAUUUCUCGGCUUCCCAAUGGCACCAACUCGUCCAGCAACAGCACCUACGACGACACCAUAGACGUGCAAAAAAUCAAUAGAGAUGAAAUCAAAUUCGGCAUCAGCCGGCUAGUCAAGAACGAAUCGGAGGACGAGGACAAUAACAAUGUGUACCACCAGGUGGGCCACGUGGGACCAAACGGGUACGAUUCGAGCAGUUUGAGUGUGAGGUCCCGAUCCCGCAGUAGAUCCAGGUCCCGCGAUCGAUCCACCCGAUCGCGGUCGUCUUCGAUAGAACUGGAAGUAGAUUCACCACCACCUCCGCCGCGGAUCAGCGUAUCGCCGACGACGGAAAUUUCGCACAUUCCGAAAAAUUCGGAAGCCUUCUCGGUUUCGGCCUUGCUGAAGCGCGAGGACGAACCCAAGUCCAAGUCGCCUUUGUCGAACAGUUCGUUCGAAUGUGUGAGACCUAACUAUUCCCAGUUCUACGAACAAAGCCUUCUGAACCGACCGCUGUUUCAUCCGUUUCCGUUCUUUGCGAUGCUUCAGCAACAGGGUCACCAGUUGAAUCCAGCCUUAAGCAAUCUCUCCCGCAGCUAUCACCCUUCUACGCCAGAAGAUCUACUACGGUUACGGCACUUCAUGGCUCAAAAUGCGGCUGCAGCUGGUGCGGUAGUGGCCGGUGGUGGUGGAAACGGACCUUCGGCAGCUCACCUGGAUUUCGGCCAUCCGCAUCAUCCCCACCACCUGCUGAUGCGUCCAGAAGUGCACGCACGGAGGUCACAUAACGGUAAACGGCCGUACGCCUGCGAGAUGUGCAACAAGACGUUCGGUCACGAGAUUAGUUUAAGUCAACAUAGAGCUGUGCAUAGUGUAGAGAAAGUAUUCGAAUGUAAACAGUGCGGGAAGGCGUUCAAGCGAUCGAGCACGCUGUCGACGCACCUGUUGAUCCACAGCGAUACCCGGCCGUAUCCGUGCGGGUUCUGCGGGAAGCGGUUUCACCAGAAAAGUGACAUGAAGAAGCAUACCUACAUCCAUACCGGUGAAAAACCGCACAAAUGCCAGGUAUGCGGCAAAGCGUUCAGCCAAAGCUCGAAUCUGAUAACCCACUCGCGGAAGCACACCGGCUACAAACCGUUCCAGUGCGAGCUCUGCCACAAGGCAUUCCAGCGCAAGGUGGACCUCCGGCGGCACAAGGAGACCCAGCACACGGAGACGCGAGCCCUGGUCAACUAACCAAUGGCCCUGUCGGAAUUCACCAUUUGCUCUCCACCACCGCUGGCGCCAUCGUCGUCGACAACGUCGUCUUCGUCGCUAGUUGGAACCACCACCGGCCUGCCACAGAUAUCUGCCGUGACUUCGCUGGUGGAUGCUGGGAGUGGAGCUGUGGGGACCGGUGGUCUCGACGGUGGCAGUUUUCUACUGCCAACGUCUUUGACCACCGGCGAUGGUGAAUUCAUUGUGAUUGACUGAUUGAAACGUGCUAUCGAAGGCAUCGUUAAGACAAAAUCAAAACUAUCAAAAGACGAAGAAUGAUUUGUGACUAAUGUAGAAUCAAUAUUGCGUAGGUGUUAGCUGUGUAUAAAAAAACUGUAUAUAGCUUAGAGAACUGACCUAGAUGAAUAUUAGAAAGUAUACUUUCCUUCUGUUGUGUAUUGUUUUUGGUUGUAAAACUUAUCUUUAAUCCGUACUUGUUCACUAUUUUAGCUAGGGAAAUCCAAUUAUCUCAUAAUGCGCUGUUCCAAAGUGAAAAACUCCAUACCUUCGUGCAGAAGUGCGAAGUCGUGAAUGGACUCCAAUCUCUCCUUGUUUUGACACUGUAAAUACAUAUGGAGCGCCAAAUUUGACCAUGUUUGUAAAAAUCUAUAGCUGCAGUAAACCUAAGAAUCAUUGUAUCAAAAAUCUCCGGGACAAAGACUACAUCGGAAAAUAAACUUUAAUGUGCAAUUUUCAUAAAGCCAAAGAA